CAUAUAGAGCUAAUCCACCACAACAAAAGCCACACACACACACACAUGCGCGCAGGUUUUUGGAAUUUCCUUACUGGGCGGAGCUAAAAUAGUGACAGGCUGACCUCACAGGGGCUCAGCUUGACUGACAGCUAUCACACCUUCUAGAAUAAGAGCCUCAAGGGACCAAUCAUCAGUAAACCUGGUUGUUGGUCACCAAUCAAGAUGCAGGACUCACCUGAGGGACAGAGGAUAAAAGAUAGAGAUGCACACCUGACAUUUGGACCAAGGAGCCCUGAAUGUGUUCAGGGCUCAAUCUCAUGACCUUCUGGAGACAAACGUGCUCCCCAGAGUUCGAGACCUUGGUCUCCAUCUCAAAUGGGUCCUCAGAACACCAAGAAUGGAUCAGAACCAAACACUGGGCUGCUCUGAAGUGGCCUGAUCUUGAACAUCUGUGACAGGAGCAGAAACAUCUGGAGAAUGAACCCUUCAGACAGCUGAAGCACCAAACCCGGCAUCUUCGCUGACAGAGGUUAGUCUAGUUCAUUGCUUCAAGGAUUUCCUCCUAAGUUUGCAAAGUGAAAGGAUGACAGGGUGGAAGCUGCUGAACAAGUUAUCUGUGGUGGACUUUUGCAGCAGGCUGAUUUUCUCCCCCAGGCAAGCACCUCAGAGAGGAUGGGGUGAGAGAACCAACCCCUCGGAAAGAGGAGCUCCAUAUUCCGACGAGCUGCCUCUUAUAAGUCUGUGGGAUUGCCCUGCGUGUCUUUUCUGCAGCAUCUAAAUAUAACCCGGUGACAAAUAGUCCAAAUAGCCUACAGAAGCAACCCAACUGUGAUGUGGGGGUGGUGCAGCUCCAUCUCCAAAAGUCUCCUCUGUUGGAUCCGGAGUGCGUCAGGAGAAGGUCGCAGAGUGCCGCGGCUCCCUCCGAGCACCAUGAAGAGACAGAACGCCAGGACGCUGGCCCUCAUCAUCAGCAUCCUCACCUACCUGGUGGUCGGAGCGGCCGUCUUCCAGACCCUGGAGUCCAGGCAAGAGAAGAGCCACAAGAGGAAGCUGGACGUCAGGAAGUACGAACUCAUGCGCAAAUUUAACUUGACCAAAGCGAACUUCGAGGAGCUGGAGCACGUCAUCCUGCAGCUCAAACCGCACAAAGCCGGGGUCCAGUGGAGGUUCUCCGGCUCCUUCUACUUCGCCAUCACUGUGAUCACGACCAUCGGUUACGGCCAUGCUGCACCCAGCACUGACUCAGGGAAAGUGUUCUGCAUGUUCUAUGCCCUGCUCGGGAUCCCGCUCACCCUGGUCAUGUUCCAGAGCCUGGGUGAGAGGAUCAACACGUUUGUCAGAUACCUGCUGCACCAAGCCAAGAAGUGCCUGGGAAUACGUCAGCCGGAAGUCUCCAUGGCGAACAUGGUGACAGUGGGCUUCUUCUCCUGCUUGAGCACCCUGUGUGUGGGGGCAGCUGCGUUCUCCCACAGCGAGGGAUGGAGCUUCCUCCAUGCCUUCUACUACUGCUUCAUCACUCUCACCACUAUUGGCUUUGGAGAUUAUGUGGCUCUGCAGAGGGAUGACGCACUGCAGAACGACCCCCGGUACGUGGCUUUUUGCUUUGUUUACAUCCUCACGGGGCUGACUGUGAUUGGAGCGUUCCUAAACCUGGUCGUGCUUCGUUUCCUGACUAUGAACACUGAGGAUGAGCGACGAGAUGCCAAACAGAAGGCCCUGUUGUCUGUCAGUAAGCCCAGAGAAAAGGUGACAUGCCUAUUACCACUCUCAACCUCGACUUCCUCCACACCUGUAGCAGAUGGCACCAUCAAGACUAAAGGUUUAAAAGGUGCCUACACUGAAGUGCUGCAUUUCCAAACUAUAUGCUCCUGUUUGUGGUACAGGAGCAAAGAGAAGCUGCAGGGCUCCACACCCACCAUGAUCCCUCAGGAGCUGCCAUUUUCUGAUGCCUACUUGCAGCAGAACAGUGACUGUCCUCACUACAUGGAGCCUGGAUCAACAGGCUGCGUAUGCAGUCCACGUCAAUGCACGAGCAUAAGCUCCAUAACAACAGGCCUACACAUUUUCUCUCCAUUCAGGGUGUUCAAGAGGCGAAGCUCCGUCUAGCCUUUCACAGCUUUUACUUCUGGAACUGCCAAGAGGAAAGCAGAUACUUGGAAGUCUUCAUAACAAAGGCUUAACUCCAAGUAAAUGUUUGUGGUGCUAUUAUCCCAGAAUUCCAACAGUAUAAUGCGCAAAAGGAAAAGGCACAUAGAGCAGUGUAAACAGCUCAGUCUCACUCAAAUAUGCAGAGAAAGAACCCUGGAGGGUUCCUGCAUGCUCAGAGGAGCCAGGUAGGCCUGCUGGAGGUCACGUGGCUGACUACACUCGAGCAGGCUUUAGUGCAUGAGGUGCAGAGUGUCUAAAGGAAAAGCAGAGUGGACGCUGAGCAGGUGGAGUCUGUUGAAACAGCAACAACUCGCACGUCAAAUUCUGCAGCAUGGUUCUGUUUUUUUUCCAUUUGUUUCUGUAUCACUCCUUUACCUUUACGGUUUAUUUCUGAUCACACUUAAAGCUGCAGCAGUAACUUUAUACGCCUCGCACGUGUAGCUGCCCCAUUACGGUGCUCUCUGCUCAAACAACUGGAGCCAUUUCAACACAUCAUGAUGGAAAAUCAUACAAACACAGAGAAACAUCACAAGUAGAUGCUCACCAGCACUGAUGGAAACGUUCAAAACGGGAUCUGUUCUGCAACACUGAAAAAUGAAAGAAUAAAUAAAAAAAAUUAUAAAUCAAAUGAAGCAAAAAAAUUAAACGUGAUGAAAAUCAGCUGUGUGUUAUCUUUUUUACAUUUAUGUUUAUCACAUUUAUCUUGAAAUAAUAGUCUUAAAAAUAAAUAUUAUCACUAAACUCUAAUUGAAGAAAAACGUUUUUGUCAAAUAACUAAAUGUAUAUGAAUAAAUCGAAAUAUUUGGGUUAAAUUUUGUAAAUGAAGUUUAAUCUAAAUCUAGAUAGGAUGAUUUUAAACUAAGCAUUUAGCUAACAUGGAAACUAUGAAGCUAUGGAUGAAAAGUAUCCUACCAAAUUAAAAGCAGAGUAAAGAUAUCUCUCAUCUAACAUUUCAGAGUCCCUUUCAAAGUAAAUGUCGUGUAGCUUCCGUAAAGCGUAGCAAUAGCAGCUAGCUAGAUGGGUCCAUUUUCUCUAGCAUCAAGAGACAACUUUUAUGUUUACAUGUCAAAAUUAUGAUGUAAUUAUUACGUAAUUUUCCAUAUUUAGACUUGGCUCUGAAUGAUUAAUUUACAAUAAAAUGUAUAGAUUUUAUUGAAAAGAUUUGUUUCUGAUUCUGUUUAUAACCUUUAUGGACAGGAUUUCUAGGCGCAGCCAAGGUGUUGGGGGCAACCGUUUUGGUGGCCUGAGGAUCAGGUCUCUGCUUUUUGCAGAUGAUGUGGUCCUGUUGGCUUCAUCAGAACGUGAUCUUCUUUGCUGGAGCGGUUCGCAGACGAGUGUGAAGCAGCUGGGAUGAGAAUCAGCUCCUCUAAAUCUGAGACCAUGGUCUGGAGUCGGAAAAGGGUAGAAUGUCUUCUCCGGGUCAGGGAUGAGGUCCUGCCUCAAGUGGAGGAGUUUAAGUAUCUUGGGGUCUUGUUCACGAGUGAGGGAAAGCUGGAACAUUAGAUCGAUAGGCGGACUGAUCAUCUGCAGUGAUGCGGGCGUUGUACCGGUCUGUCAUGGAGAAGAGAGCUGAGUCAGAAGGCGAAGCUCUCAAUUUACCGGUCGAACUACGUUCCUACCCUCACCUAUGGUCAUGAGCUUUGGGUAGUGACCGAAAGAACGAGAUUGCGGAUACAAGCGGCCAAAAUGAGUUUUCUCCGCAGAGUGGCUGGGCUCUCCCUUUGAGAUAGGGUGAGAAGCUCGGUCAUCCCGGAGGGGCUCGGAGUAGAUUCGCUGCUUCCCCACAUCGAGAGGAGCCAGUUGAGGCGGCUAGGGCAUCUGGUCGGGAUGCGUCCUGGACGCCUCUCUGGUGAGGUUUUCCUGGCACGUCCAACCGGGAGGAGACCUAAAGGUAGACCCAGGACAGGUUGGAGGGACUGUAUCUCUCACCUGGCCAGGGAAUGCCUUGGGAUUUCCCCCAGGAGAGCUGGCCCUAGUGGCUGGGGAGAUGGAAGUCUGGGCCUCUUGACUUAGAUCACUGUCCCCGCGACCAGACUCUGGAUAAGCAGAUGAAAAUGGAUGGAUGGAUGGAUGGAUGGAUCCUUAUUAUUUGGGUUGAUGGUUAAACAUUUUCCUAACAUUGUUAUUUCCUAAAUAAAUAUAGCUUAAGAGUACUUCAAAAUCUUGCACCAAAAUGUUUUGUUGUACCUAAGAGCUAA